UGUGGUUUUCAGAGCAAUAUGCGAGGCGGUAAAAAUGCUCAGUGGGUUAGGCUCGUCUACUCAGGGUCAGACUGUGUCCUAGGCCAAGUCACGGUGGCGACGAAUGUCAUUAAUUAUAGAGGGAGAGUGUCCGGAUAGGACGGACAGAUCGCCAAACAGACAGCCGUCACUGCCGCAGAGACUACAGACGCAGGCCGAGUAGCAGGCCGCCCUCGCCAAAUAGUCUACAAAGAGGGUUGAACGGGGAAGGGGAGGAGGAUGACAGGAACACUAAUCCAAUUCCCUUUCGUUACCGCAUAGUGGCUUAUCUCCUCCCCCGGCUGUUUCUCUGGGUCAGUCAAAACAAUGAAUUGAUGGACUACAUUUACGAUAUCAAAUAGUCUCAAUUCACGGCGACGAUAUAAAUAAAUAAUUUAACAAUGCGGUGUUCCGCCCGGCUGUCAAAGGGACGACUGCGCAUCUUUGUGGCUGUAUGCCGGAAAAGGCUAUGUUGAUGUCCCGACUGGGAGACGUAGCCUAUUGCCCAACAUAUUUUAUCAUUUUGUAAACCACUAUCAAAUAUCAUCGAUUCACACAUGAUGACCAGUUUUCAUUGAAGUUAUCCUCCUUUCCUCUGACCACAGAUUCCUCUUCUUCAUCAUCUUCCUCCUCUCCUCAGAGUUACCAGCCAUCCCUGGCUCCGCGUCCCUACUUUUGGGGGCUUCACACCCGCUCUCUACCCAGUGAGGGCUCCCCCCUCUCCUGCUGCCCCUGCCAGCCCACCUCCUGCCCCAUCUCCCUCACAGACCCCCAGUCCUCCCUCUCCCCUGACUUCCCCCACCCCUCCUUCUUCUCCCAGACAGUCCUGCACCUCCCCAACACCUCCACAUCGCCCUCCAGUCAGACCCACCCUCCUCGUUCUAUCAUGGCCUCUCCCAAACUGGGCGUGUCAGCCACCACUACCACCUCCUCAUCCUCUUCCUCAGCCUCCCUCUGCCCCCCGCCCCACCCUGGUAGCCCCAGCCCUGUGCCCGAGGGCCCUCCCAGCCCUGUGACACCCUCCCCCAGCCCUGGUGCUGCCUCUGCAGCCCCGCCCCGUGCCCACCUGAGCAUUGCGGUGAUCCUGGAUGAGCUGCGAGUGCUGCAGCAGAGGCAGAUCCACCAGAUGCAGAUGACGGAGGAGAUCUGCAGGCAGGUUCUGCGGCUGGGCGGGGCCUCCUGUGGCCUGGAGGCGCCCCAGAUCCUCCUGCCUCCUUUUCCCCAGCUCUGUCUGGAGGGCAGUGAGAGGGCCUCCAGUCCUCCCCAGCCUACACCCACCCAGCCUCCCAGCUCUGUAGCUCCUCUCCUGGCCUGCUUCUCCUCCCUGCUCCCUCCCCAGCCUGCCUCCAAGCCCUCCAAGCCCAGCCACCCACUGUCCCAUGUCCUGCGGCCACACAAGACCCAGAUGGAGGGUGCAGGAGGGGCUACAGGGUCUUAUCUUUACCCUGGGACCAGUAUCCGCCCUUCCUCCUCGUCUUCUUCCUCAUCUGCCUCCUCAGCCAUCUCUACCAUGGCAUCGUCCAACUACCCCCUGGCCCUCUCCCUGGCCUUGCCUACCCGUUACCUCCAUGAGAAAUCCCCCAACACCACCUCAGCCAGCGGCCACGGUGGCCUGUCCUUCCUCACCCCGCCCCUGCCCACCACUGCCUCUAUGGCACCCCCCUCCUUUCAGGAGCCCCACCUGUCUGUCUCCUCAUCAGGGUCCUCGUCCUCCUCCCUGGGGCGUCUCCAGCAUGCCUGUCGGUUCUGUGGCAAGCUGUUCAGCAGUGACUCAUCCCUGCAAAUCCACCUGCGCUCCCACACGGGCGAGAGACCCUACCAGUGCCCUGUCUGCCUCAGCCGCUUCACCACCCGCGGCAACCUCAAGGUGCAUUUCCUCCGCCACCGCGAGCAGAACCCAGAGCUCUCGCUCUCCCUUCUCCCCCCUUCCCUGUUUGGGCCGGGCAUGGGACCAGCGGGGGGGUCUGAGCCCCAGGGUCAGCCCAUGAGCAGCAUUGGUCUGAGCAUCAGUGCAGCGCAGGCUCAGAGACGUCGUAAACGGCGGGCUGAGGAUGACCCGUAUGGAGACGGUAUGGAGGUGGGAGGUGCCGGAGGAGGCUUCUCUCUGGGGGCGUCCACCAGUGCUCCCCCCCUCCUCUCUCCCCCUUCCCCCCAGUGUGGACCUGGCCCUCAUCUCCACCGCCCACUCCCUCCUGCGGCUCAACCAAGCUGCUGCUGCAGCCGCUGCUGCAUCCAUAUCCUCUGCUGCUUCCUCACUCACAUCCUCCUCUUCCUCCUCUGCGUCCUCCUCCCUCCUCUCUGUCCCCUCCUCGUCCACCUCCGCCAUCGCUGGGUUCUUCAAGGGGGCAAAGCAGCAACGCUUUGAUGAGAACA